UAUCUAACGGAGUUUGCGUGUAGGUGAAACCAGCUCCAGCGCAGUGCGUAAAGGCAGAGAGAGAGAGAGAGAGAGAGAGUGAAUGAGUGAGUUACAAAAUGAAGAGUGACGAAGCCAUUUCGCCAUUAUCACUCAUCUCUCAGCAAAAGCAAUGAAGGUCUAGUCGUUGCUUUUCUGGUUUUGAUCCGUGCAUUUUCCUCUGCCGUUGCGAUCUCCGAAGCUGCGAUAUUCUCCUGCCUCGAUUGCGCACUUCAUGUUUGCAUUUUAGGAGUAGCUGAAUCAUAUGAGGCGGAUGGUCUUUUGUUAAUUGCUUCAACAUUUGUUGACGAAUCUGCCCGAGUGAAUCUGCCAAGAUUGCAGAAUAGAUUUUUGUAUAUAUAUUGAUACUGCAGGUUACUUGUCCGGCAGAAAGGAUUGAAAAUGAGUUGGAACCCACACAUGGAGGUCCAUUACAAUAGCAUUAGCUAUCCCUAUAAUACAGCAGGAAGCUUUAUCGAAUAUUUUGAAGGUCUCACCUAUGAACAUGUCAACUUCAUUUUUUCUGGUGCAUCACAUGCUCAGGAGAGUUCAUACCCUUCAAAUUCAGGCUUUUACAAGUUUGGACUAUCUGAACCCGAGAAUAAUUCAUACUAUCGUUACAGUCAUGGCUAUGAGGUAAAUCAUCACGAACAACUGGUGGACGAGUAUAGGAGACCUUCAGAAAACUCAUUGACAGUCAAUGAACAGACAGCAGCAGUAAGCACAGAUUGGGUUGAAGGUGGAAACAGCGACAUGCGAGACAAUUCUAUUGAAUGUCCUCGAAGACAUCAUGGUAAUUCAAAUGAUUAUCAGGUCAUUUGGCAAGACAAUAUUGAUCCCGACAACAUGACCUAUGAGGAACUUCUUGAAUUAGGAGAAGCUGUUGGAACUCAAAGCCGUGGUCUCACCCAAGAACAGAUCUCCUCACUUCCGGUGUCAAAGUACAAAUGUGGGUUCUUCUUGAGGAAGAAGUCACGGGAUGAGAGAUGUGUGAUUUGCCAGAUGGAAUAUAAAAGAGGGGACAAACGUAUCACCUUGCCAUGUAAACAUGUUUAUCAUGCUAGUUGUGGGAACAGGUGGCUUAGCAUCAAUAAGGCUUGCCCUAUAUGUUACACGGAAGUGUUUGCCGACAAGUCAAAACACAAAUAAUCUGGAGCGGAUAAAUAACAUGCAUAUGUUUCUGUUUCUCCUUGAGUGUGGGGGUCUUUCAUAGAAAUACAUUUAUUUGUUUUCCCUUUUCGUAGCGAGGUAAGCCCUGGAUUUUAGUAAAAAUACAUAUAGAAUCCGAAAGUUUUAUAUAGCAUAUGGACAUGUAUAAUUAUCAUGGAUGUACUGGAAAGGCUGGAUUAUGGUUUGUUUUCAUAAUAUUUAAUUCAGUGUGUUAUGAUUUCACGUAA